UAUGGCAGGUGCAGAUGACCUGAGGAGUCCAGCACGAAAAAAAAUGAAGGCCCCCCCGCCUCAGUGGGAAGCCAAAAACUCUAUCCGAGUUACUGGUCUCCCAUCUCCCCUCAUGGAGAGAUCUGUAAUUGCCUUUUUCGAGAGACUAAGGAUCAGGAACAAAAUAGAGCCUGGGCUGAAAACAUCUAUUGUAAAAUGUAUUGACUUCCCAAGAGAAGAUUACAUCUUUAUCGAAUUCUCAAAUGCUGAUAUUGCUCACCGAGUUGCAUCUUUGAAGGGCGUGACUUAUAAUCGCAAUGCAAUUGAAAUGGAAUCGCCACUACAUCUUGACGAGACUGUUAUCAACGAAACAAUGGCGAUUUCAUUCAAUGCCAAGUCCAUUAUCGCCUCUACUCCUGUGAGAAUGGUUUCUAAUGCUAAGCGACGCAUACCGCUAAUGAAGGACUCGAAUAACAACAAGGACCCUGAUGCACCUGUUCAAGAGGAUGACGCUGCUGAGCAGUUGCUUAAUCUUUCCAUAGAUGAAGCAGGUGCAGGGCAGGACACUGAUGCAUCUGUUCAAGAGGAUCACGCUACUGAGCAGUUGUUACAUCUUUCCACAAAUGAAGCAGGUGCAGGGAACACCAAUGAAGUUGUGGAGACUACUGUGAAUGAAAGUUUUACCGAUUAUUCCCUCAUGGUAACUGUGACGGGAUUACCUGAAACAUUUGUUGAAGACGCCUUAGAAAUGGUUCUGCAAGCUUACCUGAUAAAAAAUGGCUCCAUAAAAGAGAAGGGUAAAAUUUUUAGCAAAGUUAUCAAAUCAAACCCUGUAGUAAUUCAGUUUGUCAAUGAAGCAAUAGCCAAGGCAGCCUGUGAGUUGAAGAAGAUACAUUUUCUGGCGGAUGAAGUAGAAUUAAAGGCAGCUGAACCACCCCAGAAAAAAAUAGUGAAAGUAAUUGCAUCUGGCUUUACUAGCACAGAUACCAGUAUGGAGAUGAUGCUUGACAGAACACUAAAGGCACAUCUCAUUAAAAAUAGCACUAUUAAUGAAGGUGAUGAAAUCAUAAAAAUGGUUCAUUAUGGUGAUGAUAAAACAUCUCUCAUUAUUGAGUUCUUAGAUGAUCAGGUUGCCAAAGCUGCCAGUCAUCUGAAAUCUUUCUUUUUCAUGGCAGAUGAGAUUUCAUUGAAGCUGGAUGAACCUCCCAGAGCCCAUGAGGUGUUUGCAUUUAAUGUCACUACCAUGGAUGAGGGGCUCUUCAAGAUGAUUAUUGAUGCAUACGCAACAAAGCAUGGCAUAGUUAGAAAGCCAAAUGAGGAAAUAAUCAAAAAGAUUCACCCCAAAGUGGGCUCAUCAAUAAAACUUGAGGUGGCAAAUGAAUAUUUUUCUUCAUUCUUGUGCAAUACAGUACGAACAGUUAAUUAUCUAGCAGAUGUGGUGGAACUUAAGCAAGACGAAUCUCAACUUGAUGCCAGCUUUGGUGUUCAUGGCACUGUUGAGUGCAUGCAGGACAGCUCUAUUUCCACCAGACCAAGUACGAGCCUGGAUGGGGAUUGGGCCACUCAGUGCUUCCUUCAGGAGUGCUGUCAUUACAAAAUGAAUGAUAAGUCCCGAGGCAAAUUUUUGGGUACCUCUACUGCCUUUGCCAGUAUUGUAGAAACCAUGAAAGAGAAGUACAACAUCCAGGUGGACACAACCGAUUGCAAGAAAAGAAAGAAAAGUCUUGAUGAGCAGCAUAGGAGAGGACCUCACGAUACCUGGGGACCGUACAUGUCCUUCCUGAGAAACGAAAGUACUGAUUGUCCAGAACUUUUUGACAUCCCUCAUAAGAACCCUUCAUUACCCUGGUAG